UUCACGGUGAUCUGCCUCUGAGGAGCUAUUUGCUGUCACGGAGGGAUACACACGCGCCACGAAACAUGAGGACGGUCGGGUGGAACCUUCUGGUUUUGUCGUUCGCCUCCUUCGCGUCUGCUCAAGUAUCAAAUGAAUGUUCGGCGCCACCGGAGUACCCGAACAUCCGACUGUUGAGGAAAUACACCGGCGUGCAGAAGUUCUCCAGCGGGCAGAAGGUGUAUCACGACUGCGCGGAGGACUUCGCUCCGCACAGAGGGAGCCGAGUGGCGCAGUGUGUCGGCGGCUCGUGGACCCGCCUGACGCUGAAGUGCCAGAAGAGGUCAUGUGGCUAUGUCGGGGAUCUACCGUACGGGGAGUUCCUGUAUAAAGGGAAUUCAUUCCUCGGGGAGAAAGUGUACGCGAGAUGCAAUGAGGGAUACACGCUGAGAGGACUCGACUACAUGAUCUGCAAGAAGGCCGGCUGGGCCGGUGAACUCCCGUCUUGUGUGGAGGGUGAGGACACCUGCUCCGCUCCUGCCGUGGCCAACUCGGUGAACGGCACCGGAGACGUUUCUGUUCACCGCGUGGGAGACCGCGUGACCUUCACCUGCCGACGGGGUUUCCAGCUGGCUGGAGCUCGGCACAUCGCUUGUGGACCCGGUGGCCUGUGGCAACCUCGGCCCCCUCGAUGCCAGCCGGCCCCCGAGAAAAAGACGGGAUGCGGCGCGCCCGUCGACGCCCGCGACUCCAUCGCCAACCUCAUGGAUAAGUACGCCGCGAUGACCUCUUUCACCUCCGGGGACAAAGUCUAUUACAGGUGUGCCCUCGGAUACGUUCCCUCCGGCGGCAGAAGGUAUCGCAGGUGUGUCGAAGGCGAGUGGACCCCGAUGCUGCUGAGAUGCCAACGAAGGCUGUGUGGCUCAGCGGGAGAGAUUUUAAAUGGACUGUUCACCUACACUGGAGUGGAGUUUGGAGACACUGCGACGGCCGUCUGUAACGAGGGGCAUCUUCUCGUUGGACGGGCGACCAGAAACUGCUUGAGCAAAGGCUGGGACGGCCGCGUUCCCGCCUGCGAAGCCGUGGUCUGUGCUGAGCCUCCAGCGGCGACGAAUGCCGAGAGGACGGAACAUCAGGAGGAGGCGGCGUACGCGUACAGGAGCGUGAUCCGCUACAAGUGUCCCGUGGGAACCCUGAUUGGACGAAGCGACAUUUGGUGCACGGCGGCCGGGACCUGGAGCGGCCCCGCUCCGACAUGCAAAGAAAUAACAUGUGCGGCUCCAAAGGUGGCCAACGCCUACUGGACGGGAGGCCACGCCACGUAUAAAGACCGGGACACCGUAUUCAUCGAGUGCGACGCGGGCUUCACGAAGACCGGCCCGAGCGCGGUCAGCUGUGGUCGGGAUGGCCGAUGGUCACCUGGCCUCCCUAAAUGUACACCGCGUCGUACCAACCGGAGGAGCUGAAAGACGUCCAGCUGGCGUCAUCGGAGGACGGAAAUGGUCUCUUAUGCUUCUAAAAGUAGUCCAUAGAACACCUAGAAUAAUGCACCAAUAUGUAUAUUUUCUUACUUGCUCAAAGACUUGUAUAAACUCAUUAUACAGACAUUAAAAUAUGUUUGAAAUGAA